GGGCGGGGCGCGACAGUGUGUGUGUUCUUGUUCCCUUCUUGGCCGUCGCCCGCUGCUCCCACCAUCAUCAUGAUGCCCUCCUUCGCUGCGGCGUGCGAACUCCCAUUUUAGCCUCCACCGGUCCUCCUCCCCUCUCCUUCUCUCCUUCUCUUCUAUCUCCAAGCUUAGAGAGAAAGCUAGAAGAAGCCCAGAGCCGACCUCUCCUCCUUCGCCGUCCAGCUCCCAAGCCCUCAACCCCGUCCCGAGGUCGGCUCUCUUCGCUCUCCUCUCUCAGAGCUCUCGUUUGAACUCUUUUCCCCGUUGGGUCCUCCCCCGUGGACAGGACUCCCCCUUGGCUCGCCCGUUUACUGGCGGUUUUCGCUUCGGAUGAUGCCUUAGAGGACGCCCGAUUUGAUCUUACUCCUCUCCCCCAACUUUUUCCGAGGAUUGGAGGCGACCCCAACUCUUGAUCUUCUCUGGCUGGAUUUCACCGUCAUGGAGAGGGUUUUAUAGGAGGUUUGGAAUGCUACUUUGAUCCGGUGUUGGUGUUGUCUGCGGCCAUGACAUCAAACUGUCCUGGUUUUGUGAAGUGGAGGGAGGAGUUCAUCUCACAGGAGCGUGGAAGCCGAGUCGUCCACUACUACCUGGACGACUUCGGGGGAGAUUCCCAUCUUGCCGUCAUUGGCACUGAAAGGAGCUUGAGGCACAUGCUUUAUGUGGUUUCGGAGGAAUUCAGUCAGGCCUACGGGCCUGAAAAGUCUGGGUUCUCUUGCCUCAAGUGGAGAUCGAGAAGGGAGGUGGUAGAUUGGCUGACUUCAUUCCUUCCAGCAAAGACCUGCACCCAGGGCAAUUCAAAAUCAACAAAAUAUGAGUCGCCACAAUGUUUGAUUGCUGAUGUAGAGGUGAAUGGAUUCAAGGAGACUGGAGGAUUUCUAUUUAAACACAUGGAUAAAAGUCAUAAUUCAGACAUUAUGUGGUCUGGUGCUUCCUGGACAUGUGGCAAACAGCUCCGGCACUACCAAGCAUUUUGUCGCAACGGAACCACAAUAGCUAAUCAUUCUUUUGUUCUUGUCAUGUCUGAGGAGGAAAAUCGCUAUCUUGCUUAUUUAGAAGAUAUGUAUGAAGAUAAAAAAGGACAGAAGAAGGUUAAAGUACGGUGGUUUCAUCAAAAUCAAGAAUUUGCUGGUACAAUACCACCACCUACUCCACAUCCCAGUGAAGUCUUUAUCACACCUUACUCUCAAGUUAUCAGUGCAGAAUGUGUGGAUGAUAUAGCAACUGUUUUAACUCCUGACCAUUACGAAAAAUGCUUGGCCUUGCUUCCAUGUGGUUCUUUAGCUGGCAUCUGUUUGUGCUUUCGGCAGUACAGCAAAAAUAAAUUCAAACUCUUUGACUUAAGAACUUUGCGUGGAUAUUUUAAUCAAGCAGUUCUUAUGCACCUGGAUAUAAGCACUAAGUUUGGGAAGGAAGAGGAAGAAUCUGGUCAUGGAAGCAUCAUAAAACGUGCUGGACCCAAGAGAAUUAAGUUCAUCAAGGGGCAUCAGAGAUUUUUGGCGGACUGUUUAGGUGCAAAGAUGUCAGGCCAUAUGACAGUCUGCAGACCAGCUUAUGAAAACCUAAGAUUCCAUUUAGCUGUUAGAAGACCACUGUCAGUGAAGUUUGUUGGACCGUGCAAUUGGCCUAGCCCACCUUUUAAGGUUGGUGAGAAGAUAGAGCUUCUCUGUCAAGAUAGUGGCAUCAGAGGCUGCUGGUUCAAAUGUACUGUUUUGCAAUUAUCUCAUAAGAGAUUGAAGGUUCGAUAUGAUGAUUUGCAGAAUGUCGAUGGCUGUGGGAAUGUGGAGGAAUGGAUCCCUGCCUUCAGACCAGCAGCUCCUGAUAAAUUAGGCAUGAGAUGCUCAGGCCGCCUAACAAUUCGUCCUUGUCCCACAUGUGAUCAUUUACUCGGUAGUAUUGCUUUACUUAAUGGAACCCCAGUGGAUGCAUGGUGGAAUGAUGGCUGGUGGGAGGGAGUUGUGGUUGGAACAGACAGCUGUGGUGAUGAUAGUUGGCAAGUAUAUUUUCCAGGUGAAGAUGUUUUCUUAAUAUGCCAGAGAAAAAAUUUAAGAAUCUCUAAAGACUGGGUAGGGAACCAGUGGGUCGAUAUCGUAGCUAAGCCAGAUAUCUUGUCAGCAAUAUCUUCAGUUAGCCAUGGAGCAAAGCUAACUUCCUGCUCAAUCUUCCCCAAGAGGGCAGAAUCAGGCAGUUCUGCAAUGUCAGACCAAGAUGUCAUCACCACACAAGCCAAUUCAAAUGAAGAAGAUAAACAAGCAGAAACCAGCUUGAGUGAUAAAACUGAUGUAAACAUGAAGCAAGUUAAUUCAAGAAAGCGGCUGAGGAAUGAAAGUUCUGGGGAAGACUCUGAGGAAAAGGAAUGCAUAGGUGGUGACUAGAGUUGAAGGCUGGCAGAUGAAGUUGGAACAGGCCUGCUUUCAAGUUUUUUGUAUAUAAACAUGUGAGUAUAGAAUAUCAUAUAUAAUAAGCAUGAUGAUGUUACUUUCUGGGGUCAAAUUAACUGCACAGUAAUUAGGAGAACAAUGAAUGGAUGUGCACUGACUGAAGACUUGGCGAUCUUUGUACCUUUAGUUUAAGCUUUUGCCAUUUUAUCUAGCAUUUAAUUCGAGAUUCAGGCCUUGAGUAUCUGGUAAGAAAUGGCCCCUCUUCCAUCUUGGUUCCAAUUGUGCCACUAGGGUUUCCAGGUGUGUUAUGGGAAAUAAUCCAAGCCUACAUUAAUUUUU